GAGUUCACAAAUGGGAAAGAACAUAAUUCUUACCAAGCAAAACUUAAAGGUCUUUCCACGAGAAGAGACAAGCGCCAUUUUAGACUUUGACCAUUGUAUGCAUUACUUCAUGUAAGUCACCACAACUGUAUAAGCAGAUUUGACAUUCAAUGAAACACCAUGAAACACAACUGGUCAAAUGGUAAAUUUUUUUACAAUCUUAUUAGUUCCAGUUUACCACUAAAAAUAGCACCUUGGUUUCAUAAUUUAAAGUGUUUUUCAGUUCAGACGUUCUCUUUAACAUUAUGUAAACCAAUAUUUCUACAAUGUCAACAACACUCCUGCUGUAAAACGUAGGUACGUAUUAUAUUUCUGUGUCAGAGGACACUAAUCCUUACUUUGCAACCAGCAUCCAGAAUGGCAAGAUCUUUAAAAGUAUUCGCAUUUUUCAUGCUCACAUACAGCUUCUUUGGUAAACAUUCAGAGUCUUCAAAUCCAAGAAAAGGUGAAAUAAGAACAUCUAUAGUUUUUAUACGAUUUUUUAAGUUUGCGUAAGCAAGCGUUAUUUGACGCUAGAUGAGUUUGAAUAAAACAUAAAUUUUCCUCAGAAUAUGUACAUCGGGUGGCCACAAACCAUGAAAUUCUUUGAAUUUUUUCCCAUGAAUGACAUUCCUGUUAGAACUGCUUUCGCCAAGUUUGAUGAAUGAAAAUAUCAAUGAACAAAGUCGAGAAUCUUAGUGAUGGUGGAAAUAUUUUAGAUGGGAACAUUUUAUACGUUGCUUUCCAUUAAACAUUAAAGCAAAUUACUUUCCAAGAAAGAAGUUAACUUUACCACAACGAUUCGUUUUGUUUAGCAAUACAUUUACACAACCCGACCGAUUAAUUAUGUACUCGUGAAUUGAAAGACACCAGUAAACGAACGCCGACAUGAAACGAUUGUGUUCAAUGGUAGAACGUACAGUAAGAAUUAGUUUUUGUCAUUAUAGCCAUUCAAAAAGCAAAAAGUAUCUUACUACAACCAAACGAUGGAAAAAGGGGAGAAUUAAAGGAACAGUGGAGCUUUUUCAACCUACAAUGUUGAAAGUACCGACAACCUUUAUGAAGAUUAAUAUUAAAGGUCUGAUACCAAACUCUGUUCAUGGUUUUCACAUCCAUGAGUACGGAGACAUUGUUACAAAAGGAUGUCAAAGCACAGGAGGACAUUUUAAUCCACAUCAACAAAUGCACGGAGCACCCAUGGACUAUCGAAGACAUGUAGGGGACCUGGGUAACGUAUACGCCGACAAUAAAGGUGAAGUAAAAGUUAUUAAACGCGAUGUGUUUGUCUCGUUAGUAGGUGAACUAAGCGUUCUUGGUCGAGCUUUUGUGCUUCAUGAACAAAUAGACGACUUAGGACGAGGCGGUAACAUAGGAAGUCUAAAGACAGGAAAUGCGGGCAAAAGGAUUGCUUGUGGUGUGAUAGUCCGAACGCCCGACUUGUAGUUAAGAUUUCUUUCAUCAAUAAACAUGUAGGCAAAUAAACAGUGAAAUGAAGACAACGCUGGCGUAAUAAAUAAAACUCGCUAUAUUUAAAAAAAAUACUCACAAAUUGCGUCAUCGCAUUGUCAAAGAUUUUGACGGUUGGAUUGGCUGUUUUGGAUUAAUCAUUGUCGUCAUAAAUACGGGAGGAUGAAUAUUACUAUGAUGUACAUUAUAUCCUUUAUUUAUUAUCUUCUUUACACCUGAUCUAUAAAUAGAAAUGAGCAAUAUA